GUUCGCAUCUUACGUCACGACGACUCUCACUUCCGGACUUCGAGGGAAGCGUAAACACGCAGCACUGCGCGUUCAAAUAUUGUAUAUUUGGUUGUAUGUUUGAUCCCAUCUCGCACGCACUGGCGUGUUCGCUUUCAUAGACGCGCUUCAAUAUAAACUGUUGAUUUCGUGGCAUGAGCGAUUAGCUGUCGUCCCACUACUCGGUUGAGAUUAUGUGAAAGCUAAAACUAAGCUACAUUGAUGUUAUACCGAGUUCAUCGAGCGAGCGAGCGAGCGAGCAAACAAGAAAAUUCCGUCUUCAUCUGUUUUUUUCGUCCGGGUGCAGAGAGGAGCGUCAUGGGGAAAAGCUGCAAAGUGGUGGUAUGUGGCCAGGCUGCAGUUGGUAAAACGGCCGUGUUGGAGCAGCUAUUGUACGCCAAUCAUGUCGCAGGUUCCGAAACCAUGGAGACGCUGGAGGACAUCUACAUCGGAUCUAUCGAGACCGAUCGGGGCACCCGCGAGCAGGUGCGCUUUUACGACACCCGAGGGCUCCGCGACGGCACGGAAUUCCCUCGGCAUUACUACAGCUUCGCCGACGGCUUCGUACUGGUUUACAGCAUCGACAGCAAGGAGUCCUUCAAGCGCAUGGAGGCUCUUAAGAAGGACAUCGACCGACACAGAGAUAAGAAGGAGGUAACCAUCGUGGUCCUGGGCAACAAGCUGGACAAGCAGGAGGAACGGCGCGUGGACGCCAACAUGGCGCAGAACUGGGCCAAGAACGAGAAGGUGCGCCUGUGGGAGCUGUCGGUGGCCGACCGCCGCACGCUCGUCGAGCCUUUUGUGUACCUGGCCAGCAAAAUGACGCAGCCGCAGAGCAAGUCCACCUUCCCGCUCAGCCGCAACAAGAACAAGGGCAGCGGGCCCACGGACGGCUGAAGGAAGGAUGGACGGACGUGCAAAAACGCAGCGCGUUUGCCCUCUUUUUAUUUUUUACAUCGUUUCAAAUUCCGCCUCGCCAUGUCAAGCUAAUCUGAUUCAGGGCAAAGCUGCUUGUGCACUUUCAGCCUUCCAUUGACAGUUGAUUUCUGUCCUGCAAUUACGCCAUAAUCAUAUCACAUUUAAGUGUGGAAAACAUGCACAAGAAUUGGAAAAGGGCGGCAAAUAGUUGUUGACAUCACCGUGUCGUCACACUGUCAAUCAUGUCACUUUAAUGGCCAUCCUGUAUUUUAGAGCCAUCGCAAGCUGUUGACGGUGUACGGUAACUAAGUCACCUGUCGUCGGGAAGCUUUGUUCCACUGCUUCCUUUUAUUAGAUGAUUUGAUUAUGCUAUAUUUGAUGCCGUCAUUACACCUAUGUACAGUAUAUAUGUUUAUAGCAUUUCAAUUGUGCAGCUUUUUUCAGGGACCAAUUGUUUCAAAUGUGUUAUUGUUAGGGUUAGGGCCUAAACGAAGCCAGCCUUUAACAUGCCUUUAAAAUGAAAUGUGUUAUUUUACUUUUAAACAGCAUUUGUUUGCAUCUUCAAUAAACAAUUGAAGUAU